CCGGGGUGGGUUGAUUAUUGAAAAGGUGGUGCUCACGCCUUCGUUUCUUUCUACACCUCACCAUUUUCCCCUUUCCUUUCCUUGCAGCAGUUCGCUUCUGUCCCUUGGCCCUCACCGUUUCCGUUGUGCUCGGAUUUGAGCGCCGGCUAAUUCUGAGUCAACCAUCAUGGAGUACGUACGAAGAUUGCUCCAGGCCCUCAGGGUCACUCCCUCGAACGAGGCACGUGGGCGCAGUGCCUCCCUCUAUCCCCCCACGGACGAUGAAGCAGGCAGACCUUCGUUUCAAUCCCGGCGGCAAAAGGCCAUGGCUCCCGAGUUAGAAAAAAUGUCCAGCGCCCUGAACACGAGCGACCGUUUGCUUGAGUUCCGAAUGCUAUUGGGAAUCAUCAGUCACGGCUCGUUCGAGGCGCCCGAGGGCUUUGGUACGAAAUUGCGUCCUGCGGUGACGAAAGACGGCCGCCCGGCACCGAACGAAGGCAUAUACCCGUCCAUUAGCGCCAAAGAAUGGAAGGCGAAGAGGGCGUACAAGCGAUAUCAAGUCGCCAUCAACUCCGCCCUCGGCGUGCAGCUGGUUCUCUCCGCCGCCAUCACCGCUCUCGGUGCCUCACACUCCAGUCACGCAACAAUUACGGGAUUCGGUGCCAUCAACACAGUAUGUGCCGGCUUUCUCACGUACUUGAAAGGCUCUGGGGUGCCGCAUCGGUUCAAGUACUACGCGAGCGAGUGGAAGGCAUUGCGAGAGUAUAUCGAUCAACGAGAGGUAUGUCUUCCAAAACCCACGCACGUCAAGCAGUCGCUACAAACGCCCUAUUGACUGACGAUAUUUUGCGUAACAGCGAGACAUUGGUGUCUCCACGAUAAGAGUCGACAUCCACAAAGAGGUCAACAUCAUCCGUGAAAUGUACGCCAAGGUCACCGCAGACGUUGAACAAAACACGCCGGAUCGAUACGUCAGCGCCACCCCACUCAAGCACCCACCGCUCGGCCUAGCAGCGGACUCGGCGAUC